AAAAUAUCAUACUUAAAACGUCACUAUAAAUAAAGGGCCUCCUUCCCUCUGUUCUCUCCUCCCUCGCUGCUUAAAAAACAGGGCAUUUCCAUUAAACCAACAACAACAACAAAAAACCAAACACCCAGAGUUAACCAAAAGAGAAAAUGGUCACCAAAGUCUACAUUGUAUACUAUUCCAUGUAUGGACAUGUUGAGAAACUGGCCCAAGAGAUAAAGAAAGGAGCUGAAUCUGUUGAGGGAGUGGAAGUCAAACUUUGGCAGGUAGCAGAAACACUACCAGAAGAAGUUCUUGGGAAAAUGGGAGCACCACCAAAGACAGAUGCCCCUAUCAUAACACCAGAUGAGCUGACGGAGGCAGAUGGUGUGCUAUUUGGGUUUCCAACUAGAUUUGGGAUGAUGGCUGCACAGUUUAAAGCAUUCAUGGAUGCAACUGGUGGUCUAUGGAGAACACAAGCCCUUGCUGGUAAACCUGCUGGCAUUUUCUACAGCACUGGCUCCCAAGGUGGUGGACAAGAAACUACUCCCUUAACUGCAAUCACUCAACUGGUUCACCAUGGAAUGCUAUUUGUGCCCAUUGGGUACACUUUUGGUGCUGGUAUGUUUGAGAUGGAGAAAGUGAAAGGUGGAAGCCCUUAUGGUGCUGGAACAUUUGCUGGGGAUGGUUCAAGACAGCCCUCUGAGCUAGAGUUAGGGCAAGCUUUCCACCAAGGCAAGUAUUUUUCUGGCAUUGCAAAGAAGCUCAAGGGAACAAUAGCUUGAGAGAUUUGGCUUAUCUAAUUACUACAUAUAUAUCUAUAUAUAUUCAGCUUUAUAAACAUGUGUUUGUUUUUCUUGCCUUUUCAUUUUUACUUUGUUCAAGACUCUCUCCAUAGAAUAAUCUUUGUAUGCUUUGGUUGGGAUUGUAUUUGUUGUCACAGAACUUACAUUGUUUUUCUUCCAAGUCUAAAUCAAAUGGAUUUGUUAUCUCGAUUAAACUA